AUGGGCGUAUGGCACAAAUUCUCCUCCGUAGCUCAUCCUCAAACUAAUGGUCAAACAGAGGUUACCAACAGAGCUAUCCUCCAGGGAUUAAAGAAAUGGCUAGAUGGGGCAAAGGCGAACUGGGCAGAAGAGCUCAACAGUAUCCUAUGGGCACUCCAAACUACCCCUAGAACGUCCACAAAAGAAACGCCCUUUGCACUUGCUUACGGCACAGAAGUCGUAGUCCCAGUCGAGCUGCAAAUCCCCACCCAUCGAGUCCAAUUUGUUAGCGAGAACAGUAACGACGACAAACUAAGGAGCAACUUGGACGCUCUCGAAGAAAUUAGGGAGGAAGCACAAGUCCGAGCUGCCGCCUAUCAACAACGGGCAGCUCGUUACUAUAACCAAAAGAUCAGGGAAAGAAGUCUAAAGGUAGGGGACCUAGCCCUCAGAAACUUGGAAGCCACGGAAAAAAGAGCUGCAAUGGGAAAAACAGAAUAUGAAGACCCUGUGGCAGAGAAACCUCAGGGGUAG